CUCUUCAACCAGAGCAGCAUGCGUGCUCUGCCGCACAGGAGGGCGGGUCUCUCCUCCAGAGCAAUGUGCUGCGAUGUAGUGGAGUCAUCGCCAAAUGAGCUUGCCGAAUAUUACGAGAAGCUUUUGAAUAUCUCUGAGGAACUUGAGAGGAAGCGGAAAACUGAGGGUUCUGCAGCUUAUAAUCCAGACGGGAGUGCAGUCAUCCGAACUACAAUGCCUCCCGAAAACGUCUUGAAGCAUGUAGAAUAUGAGGAACCCCCAAAAGGAAUCGAAGCGGAAACACUCAUUGACGUGAUGCGUCGGCUCCAUUCUCUCACAGCUGCUGAAAUGAGGACACUUCUAAAACAAGUUCACCAGUCAGGACAAGGAACUAAAAAGCAGCUGCGAGCACGUCUACGCCGUUAUUAUCGCAAAGAAUACGCAAUGUAUAGAAUGCUUCAUGAUGGAGACUGCUUACCUCGCUUCGGAAACAAAACUGCCCGCCACUUCGAUUAUCUUGUGGCAAUAGAUUUUGAAUGCACGUGUGUAGAAGUAAUUUACGAUUACCCUCACGAAAUCAUCGAGUUUCCAGCUGUUUUGAUAGAUGUUCGACAAAUGAGAAUAGUGGAUACUUUUCGAACGUAUGUGCGUCCAGAGAAGAAUCCCAUUCUAGACCCAUUUUGUGUCCAACUGACAGGAAUAACCCAGGAGACCGUAGACUCUGCCCCAGUAUUCAAAGACGCAUACAGACUGUUUCGUGAUUGGAUGACCCAACAUGAUCUUGGUGACAGCGGACACCGAUAUGCAUUCGUCACCGAUGGGCCGCACGAUUUGUGGAAAUUUUUCCAGUAUCAGUGCAUUCUGUCCAAUUUCGGGACGAUUCCUCAUGACUGCAGAUACUUCAUCAAUAUCAAACGCAUCUUCGAGCAAAGAGUGAUGAAACUCGUGAAGGGCAACGGACAGUCGGGAAUACAAAAUAUGCUGGCUCACUACAACCUCGCUUUCGAAGGCCAAAAACACUGUGGCCUUGAUGAUUCAAUGAAUAUUGCAAGACUCUGCAUAAAACUUAUGCAAGACAAAAUUGAACUUAGGAUUAAUCAAAGAAUGACGCGACGUCAAGAUCGAAAUGAGGAUCGGCGAUUAGAAGAAUUGGCCAAAUCGGACAAAGCUGAUGCCUCAGACUAUCACAUAUGGCACCGGAAGCUACCGCUAAAAUUGCGACAAGUGACGAGGGAUGAAUUUUUGAGCGAGGAAUAUCUAGACUGUGAUUCUUGCGACGAUAUUGAUGAGUAGGAUAGUGAAACGAUAUUGUUGAUACUGCAUCGGAAAGAAUAUGUAUACAACACAUCUACUAAAACUCUAUACUCAGGACAAAGAGCUUUCUCGUAUUAAAUUUUCCUUUGGUUUGUUCACUGCACUUCUAAAUAAGAAUUUAUUCCAGUUAUGAAGAACACCCGUAGUUGAACUAUGUUUACCUCGU